AUGCCCGAACCUAAUCCUCGGAGUAGCGACAAGGAGGCAGACAGCAAGGUAAGAAGUCAGGCUGUGGAACUGCUGGAAAGCAACUAGGGUGAAGGAUUGUCCAGUUAGAGGGCUACCGUUCAUGCGGGGUAAUUCGCACCACGCAAAUAAUGACUGUUCCCCACAGUCCCUAACGGGCAUGCAACACUCAUAAUUUAAUCUCGAAGCUUGGCUUCGCAUGUUGAUCUUAUCCUGGCAACUGCUUACAUCAGCGGGAUAGAUCAAAUAAAUGUAUUCGGUGCUGUUACCAUUGUCAUCCAUCCCCCUCUCCCUCCUAUUCCCUCUAACCACCUUCCACUUAUAAAUGUACUACGGGGAGGGCGACAUGCACUCCCAUAGACGAUCGAAAUACAAAAUCGGGUUGUAUUCUCAUUAAAUCAAGUCGUGAUGCAUAUUGGUGUCCGGCAGCCGUCUGGGCUGCCUUAGCAGCCCUAGUUGGGAAAGCACUGUCCACCUCCUCCAUGCGGGGAAGGGACUAGAAAGCGUGCCUUAAAAAUGCUGGAAGGACGUAACGUGCACGCAGAACGUGACUCGCAGAGACAAAAACAGUAACCCUCGUCCUAACGACCCUGCCCCACGCUACAAGCCGCCAGAAUGAGGUCGAUCAAUCUGGCAGCCUGGAAUGUUCGUUCAAUUUUAGACAAUCCUAGGAGAAGCCGGUCGGAGCUGAGGACAGCGCUGGUCGCUACAAGAUGGACAUCGCUGCACUCUGCGAGACCCACUUCUCCAAACAAAAACAUCUGGAGGAGGUGGAUGCCGGCCACACCUUCUUUCGAGGCGGCCACAUGAGGACAGGGCGUCUGGGACUGCAGGACCAAACCUCGCCCAUGUCUUUUGUGUCUGUGUGUGAAAUGUCUCAGCCGGUACUGCACGUUGGCAACUAG